AUGCUGGCUGGGCCGCUCCUCUACCGCUCUAUGAUAUUGCCGGAAGAUUCUGACUGGUACCCUCUACGGUGUCUUCUAGAGGAUCAGAAAGAAUAUACCAGGGAGUGGGUGCAGGAACUAACAGUGGAGCGAACAGGAUCACUCUUUGCGAUGGAUAGAGAAAAACAGGUAGAGGAAAGAGUGGAACUUCUUAUGAAACUGAUUGAGAGUCUGCCAAACCUUCGUGACCUCUAG